UUUAAAAAAUGCCUUCUGUUAUCCAAGUUAUCACCGAAGGUCUAGAAUACGUCAAUGAUAUUGACCAGUAUAUCAAAGAGGAAGGGAUGUCAGAUAUUGGAACAGCUUAUAAAAAUAUUGCAAUCAUAGGAUGUCAAAGUAGUGGAAAAAGUACUUUGCUAAACGUUCUUUUUGAUACCAACUUUGAGCAGCUCGACCAAAACUCGAGAGGAAUGGCCCAGACUACCAAAGGUGUUUGGGCAGCCAGAAAUUCAGAGAAAAACAUCUUGAUUUUUGAUAUUGAAGGUACUGAUAGUAGGGAGAGAGGAGAUGAUAGGAUGACUUUUGAGCAAACCACGUCACUCUUUGCACUUGCACUAGCAGAUGUACUCAUGAUCAACCUUUGGACGACAGAUGUAGGAAGAUAUGCUGCUUCCAACUAUGGUCUUCUUAAAGUUAUCUUUGAAGUGAACCUCAAGCUAUUUGCCCAAAAUCAGAACCAAAAGAAGCUCCUCUUUGUUCUCAGAGAUUUCAAUGAAUAUGAACACAACAGAGAGAAGAUGAUAGAAUUACUAGAAGGAAACGUUAGGAAAAUUUGGGGAGAAAUUUAUAAAACAGAAGAGUUUAAAGAUAGCUCCCCUCAUGAUUUCUUUGACUUUGAGUUUCAUAUGAUGCCUCACAAAAUCUAUCAAAAGAAAGAGUUUGAGGAAGCAGGACUUCAGUUGAAGGAAAAGUUUAAUGUGAAUAAUCCAGACACUAUUUUCCCCAAAACAGAAUCCCUGAAUGUUCCCAUAGAUGGACUACCUCUCUAUAUUGACAACUGCUGGACUUGUAUUCGAGAACAAAAAGAAUUGAACCUUCCUGGAGAAAGACAGAUGGUCGCAACAUAUCGUUGCGGAGAGAUCAAACAAGAAGCUAUAGAUAAAGUCCAAGAUAGAUUAGACAGUCUACAACAGAGAUCUUAUGAAGGAAUAAUUGAUGACUACAAAGAUCAAUGUGGAAACAUUCUUGAUGAAUCAAUCUCUCAUUACGACGACUCUGCUAAACAGUACUACAAGGAGACUUAUGAGGGAGUCAGACUUGAACUCACAAAUCAUCUUAUUGAGAUAUUGUACAAAUCUUUUGUAUCACAGCUCAAAAAUCUUACUUUACAGGGGGAUAAGAAGUUUGCUAAGGCUAUGAAAAAUACCUUCAACGAUGACACAGUCACAGACACUUUCGCUGACACUUGCAAUGGUUUAUUCGAAGAUACCAUCAAGCAGUUCGAACAGAAAGCAAAGAUGCUCUGAUUUGAUGACGAUUCAUGGAGGGAUGCUAUCAAACUCUAUGGUAAAGAGUUGAAGAACAACCUGCUCAAAAUGAUUGAAUCUGCUAGAGAAAAGCAGAAAGAUAAAUUGUUCACAUUCUCAUUGGAAACUAUUGUAGACGAACUUGAGGAAGAAAUCACCCAACCCAUAAAAGGCCUGGAAGAUAACCUCUGGGACACUGUUAUUGAAAGGUAUAAAAGUACUAUAUGUGAAGAAGAAGAUAAAAUCAAGACUAUCCUCAAAAAUGGUUUCGAAACUGAGGAGGAAGAGUAUAAUGAUUUUUUGACAAGGCUUGAAGAUAAAAUCUACAGCCAGUCUAAAAAGAUCAUUUUCAAAACAGUUAGUGAUCUCAACUCCCAUCUCAAUAGAAAAUUCAACACUUACUUUAAAAAGAACUCUAAAGGCAAAAACAGGGACUGGAAGAAAAUGUCGGAGGAGGAAAUAGAAAAGCUCCAUAAUGAGUGAUAUUCUCACUUUGAAAGCAUUUUUGAUAUGUUCAAGAAAAUAGAAAUUCCUCAAUAUGUGUCAAUGGCAACACCAACAAUGGGAGGAUCUUUCGGUCACUCAAAAGAGCAAUUGUUGUCGCCAAAUGAUAUUACUCGCAUUAAAGACAAAUUCCAGGAGGAUUGUGAGCAUGCUUUAGAAGAAGCUAUCAGAUUGCAUCACAAUGUAUUCAAUAAUGGUGUUCCAUUAUAUUUUUGGGUUUUAUUUAUCUUCUUUGCCUAUGAUGAUGUCUUCAGAUGGCUAUCAAGUCCAAUACUAUUCUAUCCCCUAUGAUUCUUAGCUACUUUUGCAGGAUUGAUGCAGUCAUUAGGCUUACUCUCUCCAGCAAUCACAGCUGCAAAGGUGGCAUUUAGUCUGGGAUACUCACAAUUGAAGAAUGGAGCGUAAUAGACAUAUUUUAACAGCUGUUAUUAAAAAUAAGGA